GUUUCAACACAAAAUGUCGCUAGGAUUAAUUUGAAUGUAACAGAAACUCCAAAGGAAGCGACAGGGACAGCACRAAAUGCAACGACAAUGGCUAAAGAUAAGGAUACAUUAAUACCUUCAACUGAGCAACYAACYACRACCACGACAAUAACAUUAGRAMCACRAAAUGAAAGUGUGAAUGUGAAUAGAUCAGCACAGUUUGUAGCUGAAGAGAGAUGGAAUUCUACAAAACGUACUCUAGAUAAAGAAAUAACAAAUAACAAAACAGAUUUGGUAACAGAAAUAAAGAAUGGAACUACGGCAAGUCCAACACAAAAGGUCAACAAUGCUACUGAAAAAGACAUCAGUAUAUUCGAAAAUGUAACGCUUCCCAUGAAUCACACAGAUUACCCAACUAAUGGAGAGCGGAAGAUUCGCUUGAAUCCCACUCAAACAGUGAAAAGUUUAAAUACAUCUUUAGAAUACAAGUCAAGUGUGAAUGAAAGUAGGGUUGUGGAAGUCAACGGAACAGAUUUUAAAAGUGUAAUUCAGCGAACUCAAGGACAGUGGAAUACUACAACAGCAAUACCACCAUUGUUGCAUCACACUGCGUCAAAGCCCUCUAUUACGGUGAAUGACAAGAGAGUAUUUCAUGGUUUUAAUGCGACACUAGUUUCAACAAAUGUAACAGUUAUAAAGAACACUCAUGCGACUACAAUACCUACAACAAAAACCAACAUUUCUCCUACGAAUGCUUUGAAUGCAACUACAACUUUUGAUAAAAUGUUGAUAUAUUACGGGAAAACGACUUCACCGCCAAAGCAAGCGAGCAAUAAUAAUUCCACUAAAGAGGAACAAAAGACCACAGUUUGGCCUACAACGUUAAACAAAACAACAGAAAAAUCUGAAGACGUAAACGCGACAGGCAUCGUUACCAGUUUAACGGAUCCGCCUUCAAAUGCAACCAGUGAUAAAUCAAGUAUCCCGUGGGGACCCUGGACGCCUUGUUCUCGCACUUGUGGUAUGGGAUUUAAAGUUCGGGCAAAACUGUGUAACCGUACCUCUGAUGGACCAGAAUGUUUGGAAAAAUCUACUCAAGUUUCUUUAUGCGUUGUCCAAUCUUGUGUAAGAAAGGCACCUUCAUGGGGUCCUUGGGGGCCCUGGACAGGCUGUAGCUCGUCCUGUGGUCUGGGAGUGAAAGUGCGAAUUCGUUCAUGUCGGAAUUCCGAUGUUGUGUCGAAAAAACGAAGCGAGUGUGUUGGGCGUCGGUUUGAAGUCGAGUUCUGUAGAAAUACAACAUGCAUUCAGAAUGGUAAUAAUGAAUUCCCCACUUCUCCAGUGACGUUACCUAAGUUCAACACACAAGCUAUCCCCUUGGCGUCACACUCAGAGGGCAGAACCAGCACUCUUAAUAUCCUCCCAUCUACAAGUCCUUCUAGUUUGAUCAGACCAACACCUUCAGUCACAGCAGAAUCAACUCAACUUCCACCUUGUCAAGGAAAUAAUUGCUUUUCCAAUAGCGUUGUCCAGUUUGUUUCAGCUUCUAUGGCAACUCCAGCUUUAAGCUCAACCACAAAGUCUGUAAAACACAGUACGUUACAGGCUACAUCUGCUGUCCCCAAUAGCAUUGUGAAGAUGAUCUCRAAAUCUACUAAGACAAUCUUAGAUGUAUAUGUACCACCAAGUGACGGUGUCUCAGUUAGUUCUAACGUAAUCCGGAUGCAAUCUAGUGUCAGCGAUUUCAGAGCAUCUUUGACGUCUUCACUGCCAGCUAUCAGUGACGUCAGGCCUUCUAUUAGGUCAUCGUCAACACGUGCCACAAAGAUUGAUGUCAUGGCAUCCAAGAUGUUGUCGUCCUCACAGUCUAUAACCAAUGACGUCUUUUCAUAUGUGACGUCAACGCUAAUGUAUGACACUACCAAAGAUGUUACGGCCGUCGCAGCGUCUUUAUCAAUACAUUCCAUAAGGGAUGAAAUUGCGCCAUCUGUGACUUCAUUACCAACACAAUCGCCGUAUAAUGACGUCGUGUCAUCCAUGCCGUCAAACGCAUCAUUUGUGCGAUCAUUGGCAUCAACUCCUACUCGAGGAGAGUCAUCUGCUUCAUUGAAAGGAACGUCUACGCUGUYCGCAUCACCUUCGAUUCAAAUCUCAACAAUCUCACCUUCAUCUAUUUUACAAUAUGUUACUACAUCAUUUGCUCUGUUUCAGUCAAUCCAAGAUAAGASAUCGCUUUCAWCARAGAAAGAAAUGGGUGCGACAAAGUCACUUGUUGAAAUAGAAUCGGCUUCGUCUUCAAACGUCCUAGGAACCCCAUCAUCGUUUUCUUCGACAGUAGUAUUGUUGUCGCCAUCGUCAUUGGGACUUCCAUCGCCGUCACCGUCAUUAUUACCCUUGUCGUCAUCUUCAUUGCAAGAACCAUCACGAUUUGCGUUAUCAACGUCAUUWAYAACGUUAUCAUCAUCGCUAUCAACAUCAUCUGCACCUUCGUUAUCGUCAUCAAUAUCACCAUCAAAAUUGCCGUCGUCUUCACCAUCGACAACAGUAACAACAACAACAGCUUUGCCAUUACGUCCAAAACCAUCAAAAUAUUCCUCGMARCAAUUAUCAGCAACCRWCCAUCCRUGUUUYUAUUGA